AUGUGGGAGCUUGCUCCGAGCCCUGGUGCCGUCGAGAAGUUGCCAGGGAUGGUGCUGCGGAGCAAGCUUAACAAGCUCGGCUACCACCAGCCACUCUCCGACAUAUCCGCCCCGCUCACCGAGCACCUUCUUGGCGAUCUGCUCCGCUCGGCCGAGGGCUGCCGCGCGGUCUGGGCUCGCGUGGAAGGCCGCGAGCAGGAGGCGCAUGAGUGGGCGUCGAGGCUGAGGGGCCUGAAGCUGGAGCAGCCGCGGCUCCUCCAGGAGAACACCGAGCUCCACAGGCGCCUGCUCGGCGACGGCUCCGCCCAGGACGCCCGGCUCGCAGCGCUCGAGGCCAGGGCCCGCGAGGCGCGCGGCCAGCUGACGCACCUCCGAGCGCUACAGGACCAGGAGAGCCACCGCGGCGAGAGGCUGCAGCAGUCCGUCGGGGAGCUGCGCGCCCGUUGCACCGAGAUGAGGCGGCUCCGCGGCGCGGGCGCGCUGCGGGGCCCCGCGGCAGUGCUGGAGGGGCCCUGGAGGGCGCCGUGGCUGGCUAUCCAGCGCGCCCCCGCCGCCCCAGACAGCGGCAGCAUAAUCGACGCCGGCGACGCGGAGACAGACGACGCCGAGGAGCUCUCCAGGUGCGUCCGCGAGCUCUCCGUCGCGCUCGCGGACAAGCGCCGCCGGCGCGCCGCGCUGGUGGCGCGGCUUGCCGCGGCAGAGGCUCAG